AUGUCGAUACAGUGUGGUGAUCAUCGUGCACCAUUGGCUUUGCUAUGGUUCAAGCCCUCAUCAAGGCUGACCGUGGCUGAAUCCUCCGCAACGCAGCCCAAGGGCAGCGACAAGAAGCGAAAAUCUUCGACGAUGGCCGAGUCUGCUGCCGUCUCGAAGAAGAGCAAAGCGACGACUGCGACCGCGACCGCGACCGCAAGCGGCCCGACGACCCCUCUCCCCCCUUCGCACGAAGCACUCCUCGCGGAGCUCAGAUCGAAAUAUGACAUCCUCCCCGCCUUCACCAUCUCCUCAACCAAGAUCCAGAAGCGCGUGACCUGGCUGCUGCAGCACUUGCGCCAAGACGACGGCGAUCCGAGGAAGCGCGCCGUGCUCGUCUAUGCAAGGCCGGGCGAGGUCGCCAAGAUGAUUUCAAUUGUAGAAACAGUCAAGCGCAUCGUGGCGACGGAGAAAGAAGGAGAGGGGGAGGAGGAGAGCGGCAAGUGGUAUCAAUAUAACCUGAUGUACGAGCUGCCGCCAAAGGCCGACAUCGUGGAAGAGACGGUGCUGGGCGGUGGUCCUGGCGAGAGCGGGGCGCGGGAUGGAUCGGACGGCGAAGAAGAUGACGACGAUUUCGAGGUGAUGGAGAGCCGUUUUGAGAGAGCCGUGUUGCCUCAGCCGGCUAAGCGUGCGGCCAAGUCACUGAGCAUCUUCCUCUCGUUGGUGCCCAUGCCGGAACUGAAGGCCCGAGACGGAGUGACGACCCAGACCAACGCGUCGCAAGACGUCAAGGCGAGCUCUACGGCGCUCUGA